AUGCAUAAUGAAGCGGAUUCAAGGGCGCUCCGACCUCAGCCCCUCGUAAGCCCGCAUCACGAGCCAAUGCGAGUCAGACUCAACGCGCUGAGCGCCGUCAGACGAUGGGUUAUGAUAUGGAAGCAGGAUCGUCGCGUAUUCAAGCCGGAUGCGGUGUCCGACUGCGGUGCUGCCGUCGAGGGGAGCCUGGCAAAAGUGGAACAGCAGCGGAAGGGCCGAAAGGCGCCCACCUCACUCAUUUCAGGCAGACGACAGAGCGUCGCAAGCGGCACUAUUAUUCUUCAGGAGGGCAUCCUAACUGUUAUCGUUGUCUUUGCCGCCUAUGGGUUCAUCCAUAACUAUCCCAAAACAGCCAAGUUUCUCACGGAGCCUGAGCGGGAAUUCGUCCAGGCGUGCCUAACGGCCGACAACGAUGCAAUCAACCACGAACCAUUCUCCUGGCCAUCUGUGCUUCGUGCAGUCAAAGAUCCGAAGUGCUGGCUUUACGGCCUUGCCCUUAGUCUGCCGCUCUACACACUCUCGCUAUUCCUCCCAACCAUUAUCAAAGCACUCGGCUACACUGCUGUGCAGGCGCAGCUGUCCGUCCCACCCUAUGCCGUUGCCACUGUCUUUACUGUCCUCGUCGCAGUCGCAUCUGAGAAGGCCAAGCGCCGUGCUCCCGUCAGCUACGUUGGCACCAUAUUCGCCGCCGCUGGUAUAUACCCCGCAACCGGAAUUGUGCUCGCCUGGCCUGCGAACAACGUUUCUGGACAGACGAAGCGUGCAACGGCCAAUGCGAUGCAGAUCUCCAUCGGGAACUUGGGGGCAGUGCUUGGGACGCAGUUGGUAUUUGCUGGCGAAUAUUCUGGUGGUGUGAUCUGGGCCAUGCUUGCGCGGGAGAAUAAGUGGAAGCUGGAGUCGGAGAGGUCGGCGGUGGUGAAUGAGAGUCCGAUUGAGAAUGACGAUGAUGUGAGAAAGUUUAAUUAG